AUGGACAGUCUUGGUCCUAUUGAAAAUACCAGUAGAAAGGAAGAUCCGAGUCUAAAUGAUACAGAAAAAAGCAUUCAUAGUUGGAGAAAUGGUGACAAUUCUAGUUACAGCAGUAAUAUUGAUAAUUUCUUUCGUGUCAGGGACAUUCCGAAUUUCAUCUCUGAUGAUACUUUUUUACUUAUAGAUAGUAGGGGGGACAGUUAUUCCAUAUAUUUUGAUAUUGAAAAUCAAAUUUUUGAGAUUGAUAACGAUCAUUCUUUUCUGAGUGAACUACAAAGUUCUUUUUCGAAGUAUUGGACUUCAAGUUAUCUGAACUCGAAAUCUAAGAGUGACGAUACUUAUAACGAUCGUUCCGGAUAUUAUACUAAAGAUAGUUGGAAUAAUCACAUUAAUAAUUGCAUUGACAGUUAUCUUCAUUCUCAAAUCAGUAUUGGGAGUUCCAUCCUAAGUGGUAGUGACAAUUCCAGUGACAGUUACAUUUUGAAUUACAUUUUUAAUGAAAGUGGAAAUAGGAGUGAAAAUUUCAGUAAAAGAACGAGCACAAAUGAUAGUAAUUUACCUAGAAUAGAAAGUUCUAAUAAUCUUGAUGUAACUCAAAAAUAUAAACAUUUGUGGGUUCAAUGUGAAAAUUGUUAUGCAUUAAAUUAUAAGAAAUUGCUUAAGUCAAAAAUGGGUAUUUGUGAACAAUGUGGAUAUCAUUUGAAAAUUAAUAGUUCAGAUAGAAUCGAACUUCUGAUUGAUCCGGGUACUUGGAAUCCUAUGGAUGAAGAUAUGGUCUCUAUGGAUCCUAUUGAAUUUCAUUCAGAGGAGGAAGCUUAUAAAGAUCGUAUUGAUUCUUAUCAAACAAAGACAGGUUUAACUGAAGCUGUUCAAACAGGUAUAGGUCAAAUAAAUGGUAUUUCUAUAGCAAUUGGGGUUAUGGAUUUUGAGUUUAUGGGAGGUAGUAUGGGAUCUGUAGUAGGGGAAAAAAUCACCCGAUUGAUUGAAUAUGCUGCCAAUAAAACCCUACCCCUUAUUAUAGUAUGUGCUUCCGGGGGGGCACGCAUGCAAGAAGGAAGCUUGAGCUUAAUGCAAAUGGCGAAAAUAUCGUCUGUUUUAUAUGAUUAUCAAUCAAAUAAAAAGUUAUUCUAUGUGUCAAUCCUUACAUCGCCUACUACUGGUGGGGUGACAGCCAGUUUUGGCAUGUUGGGGGAUAUUAUUAUUGCCGAACCUAAUGCCUACAUUGCAUUUGCGGGUAAAAGAGUAAUUGAACAAACAUUGAAUAAGACAGUACCUGAAGGUUCACAAGCAGCCGAAUUUUUAUUCCAUAAAGGUUUAUUUGAUCCAAUCGUACCACGUAAUCUUUUAAAAGGCGUUCUAAGUGAGUUAUUUCAACUGCAUGCUUUUUUUCCUUUGAAUCAAAAUAAAGUCGCGGAUUAA